CUUUGAACUAAGGAUUACGGUAAAGCAUGGCAGCCUCCUUGUCACUCGUGAAAGAAGCUAGCUAGAACGUUCUAGCGCGUUCAAGUUUAUGUAUUAACUGAGGAAACGUGUUCGAAAGUCAGUAGGACACAUCUUGUUCAUUUAGCAUCACAGUCUUUUUGGACUUUUUAAAGGUGUACACACCAUGGCAGAAGGCAGAGACAACAGGAGAUAUCCCCAGAAUCUUCAGGGGGUCCUACAGCUGGCUGUGGAAGCUGGAUCAGCCACAGAAGGUCCUGCUCCUCCUGAACCCAUGUCAGAGGAGAGGAAAACGUGGCUGAGAGAGGCUCUUGCGGAUAUCUGCAAAGGGCAGACGGAUGAAGUGGAGCAGAUGAAGCAGUGCCUGGCCGUCCUGCGCGGGGAGGGAACAAGUGAAAGGCAGAGGGAUGGGGAGGACGAGGAGGCGAGGGAUGAAGAAGAUGAGGAUGAGCGGGAAGCAGCCUUUGAGAUGCUGUCAGAGUUGUGUGAGAACCUUGAUAACGCUAGAGACCUGAUGAUCCUAGGUGGACUGGACCUGUGUGUCUCCCAGUAUCUGUGUCACACCCAAAGUGGGCUGCGGUGGCGUGCUGCCCAGCUUAUCGCUUCCUGUGCACAGAACAUGCCACAGGUGCAGCUUCAUUUGCUCAGCAUCGGGACGCUGCCAAAACUGCUCCAGCUGAUAGACUCGGACCCCCACUCCACCGUCAGAGUAAAAGCCCUCUACGCCAUCUCAUGUCUGGUCCGAGAGCAGGAAGCAGGACUCCAGGCAUUCCUGUCCAGCGAUGGUUUCUCCGUGCUCAUGCGUGGUAUGCAGUCAGAGAAUGAGAGGCUCAGGACCAAGUCUGCUUUCCUUCUGCUCAACCUGCUGACAGCACAUCCAGAACAAAAAGAUACAGUUGCCUCCAUGGGGAUGGUACAGCAGCUGGUUUCUGUUCUCCGCACACCACACUCACCUUUCCAUGAACAUGUGCUUGGCGCCCUUUGCUGUCUAGUGGAAGAUUGUGCACAGGGGCUCAAAGACUGCAUGAAUCCUGCUCUGGGACUGGAGGAAUUACUCAAACAGCGCAUCACUGAACUUCAAGGAAAGGAAGAAAAUCAGGAAGAGCUGGAUUAUUGCACCCGUCUGAGGGUUCUGUGCUUCCAUGGGCGACAAUCAGAUGACAGUGGGAUGGAUCGCUGAAGACUCGUAGCGAGCAAUGCCUUUGUUCUGACAGUUGUUCAUAAUUUGCAUGUAAUCCAGUAGCUGGAUUUUACUGUAAAUAACUGAAACGUGUAAAAUAUUUUUCCAGUCUAGCAUCACCUUCACAAGAAGCACAUGCACAAAUAUCUGUUAAAUUUUUAGUGUUAGGUUUCUUUGCUCUCAGUAACUUAUUGCUUAAAACCUUCAAAUACAGAUACCAGUGUUUGUGUUUUCACCACAUUUAUUUGUUAACAAAACAAACAGGAGUAUUUAUCUACAUGAAACGAACAGCUCACAAGUGGAAAACACUGACACCACACACACUCAAACAUGGAUGCAGCAUAAAAUGACAGAUUAAAAUAUUUUGUCACAGU